AGAUUUGACUUAAACCGACGAGACUUGAGCGAAAUCCGGGGGCGAGUCACAUUUUACGUCAAUUUGACCCGAAUUUGGCUCAUUUCAGUCACGCACACUGAACCCCGAAUUGAACUAAAUUAGCGUAAAUUAACUUGUAAUUAAUUGGAAUUAGUGGAUUCGCCCCACUUGAUUUGCCCACAUGUGACUCUUACUCGGGUUUAAGCCGCGCUUGGUCUUAUCAAGUUUGAGGUUAGGUUUCCAAAAUGAGUCUCAAAGCUAUUAAAUACGAAAAUAACACUUUGGAAAUAUUGGAUCAGCUCCUUUUACCUGCACAAUCGAAAUAUAUUCAGGUUCGGGGGGUCGAGGAUGGCUGGAGAGUCAUUAAUAAGAUGCAAGUGAGAGGGGCUCCCGCGAUCGCAAUUGUGGGAUGCUUAAGCCUUGCCGUAGAGCUACAGGGGGAGAAUUUCGAGUCGAAAAAACAACUAAGACAAGACAUCGAAGGGAAAUUAAAUUUUUUGGUUUCCUCGCGCCCCACGGCGGUCAACAUGAAAAUAGCCGCCGAGGAACUCAUCACUCUUUCUAACAAACUCGCCGAGGAUGACUCAAUCGAACUUGAGGCAAUGAAAUCGAGGUUUUUGAGGACUAUUGAGGCAAUGUUAGAGAAGGACAUCCACGAUAACAAGUCGAUUGGUGAAUUGGGGGCACGCGAGAUCCUUUUGGGCGCCUCGGGGGAUUCCCAGGUGCGGGUUUUAACCCAUUGCAACACUGGCUCCUUAGCCACCGCCGGUUACGGUACUGCGUUGGGGGUGAUCCGAAAACUGCACGAAUUGAAGCGUUUGGAGCACUGUUAUUGCACCGAGACACGCCCCUAUAACCAGGGGGCGCGACUCACGGCCUACGAAUUGGUCCACGAUAAAAUCCCCGCAACUUUGAUUGUAGACAAUAUGGUGGCAGCCCUGAUGAAACAUCGGAACAUUUCGGCUGUGGUCGUAGGAGCCGAUCGGGUGGCGUCCAAUGGCGACACUGCUAACAAAAUCGGGACUUACCAAAUCGCCGUUUUGGCCAAAUUCCACGGUGUGCCCUUCUACGUCGCAGCCCCGUUUACGUCAAUUGAUAUGAAAAUCGUGAGUGGGGACCAUAUUGUUAUCGAGGAACGGCCCGAUCAUGAAAUGACACAUGUGGGGGAGCACAGGAUUGCCGCCAAAGGGAUUUCGUGCUGGAAUCCCGCUUUUGACGUGACUCCGGCCUCACUCAUCGCUGGGAUUAUCACCGAAAAGGGGGUCUUCCGUCCGCAAGAGCUUGUUAAUCAGUUUGGACAAGGCACUUGAUGCAAUCUAGUGCAUUUUUUGUUAAAAGUGAUAUGUUGGUAGUAAUGAUUAGAUAUGUAACGUCAAAGUGAUAUUUUUAUAUUAUUUUUCGGAACUGCACACGUUUGUAUUUCGUCAUUGUGCCAUGCCAAAUUUUUUAAAUAAAAAUUGCUUAUUCCAAUUA